GGUAUUCCAAACAUGCUGCACGUGUUGCAAAUGUAGAAAUUACGAGAUUAAUACGUAAAUAUCACAACAAGCAAUAAUUAAACAUUGUGGUCGAAAACUUUGAAUACUCACGAUGUUGACUACCAUAACAGAGCCCACUGAAGGAAUUUAUUUAGUUGAAAGAAACGUUCAAGCUUUCGUAGGCGAAAAAUGUCUUGGCAAGGGCCCCCUUUAUGUGUCAGAAGAUUACCUGUCAUGGUGUGAUGCUUUGUCUGCAAAGGGCUUUUCUCUUGAAUAUCCCAAUAUAUCCCUCCAUGCAGUAUCAAAAGACACUUCACAUUUUCCAUAUGAAUGUGUAUUCUGCAUGGUUGAAGGAGCAUUUGAAGAUGAAUUGGAAGAUAGAGAAGAUUCUGAAAAUGAAGAUGAUCCUCCAUCUGCUGAAAUUCGUUUUGUUCCUGAUAAUGCAUCAUCAUUGAAUGACAUCUACACUGCUAUAUGUGAUUGCCAAGUACUUCACCCUGAUGAACAGGAGCAAUUGGAAGAUGAAAUGGCAGGUUAUCCCUUUGAAAAUGGCGAUGAAUAUUUCACUAAUGAAGUUGACGCCUCUGUUCUUUCAGAAGAUGGGCAGACAACCCUUGAUAGACUGGAAAAUGUAUUUCAAAUACAGUCACAGCAAGAUUUUGCUAGCAUGACAGACCAAACUAAUGGAAAUGUGAAUGGGCAUGAGAAAGUUGAUCAUGGACAAUUUGAUGAUAAAGAAGACUGAAAUAUUGAUUCAGCAUGAAGAAAUUCCUCUUCAAACUUUGAUGACUAGUCCUAGCCUCCAACCUUCAACCAAAGUUGCCAUGUACAUUUCAAAUGUUGAGCAAAUUGAUGUUAAAUCAUUUGUGUUUUUUUUGAGUUUAGCAUUAUUGAUUCAAUUAAAUCACAAAAAUAAACUCUCAUUCCAACAA